UUUUAAUUCCUUCCUCAAGCAAGAUGCACGUCAAAGAGAAGCUCCAGUCUGCCUUUCCAGACACCGUCUACACGCCGCUCACCCACCCAGACAAACACCCAGUAUUCACCUACAAAGGCUUCCAUCCGGGAAAGACUGAGCAACUCCCCCGAGGACAUGUCAGGCAGCCUGGAUUCCAGGCCUUCCCCGUCGACGUGGUCUGGGAGCAAGACCAGGCGAUUCCUAUGCGAGACGGCGUAACGCUCUACUGCGACAUAUUCCGACCCGCGAACGACGACGAAAAGGUCCCCGCCAUUAUACCGUGGAGUCCGUAUGGAAAGGCGUCUACGGGCUCACUGAACUACGAUGUCAUGGGUCCCUGGCGUAUGGGGAUUCCGUAUCAGCAACUCAGCGGGUAUGAAACAUUCGAGGGGCCGAAUCCGGCAGAGUGGUGUGGGAGGGGAUAUGCAAUUUGUGAUAUUGACGCACGCGGCUGCGGCCAUUCAGAGGGAAACCUGAUGUGCUGGGGUGAACAGGAAGCUACUGAUAUAUACGACUCGAUCACCUGGCUAUCCCAGCAACCCUGGUGCAACGGAUCGGUUGUAAUGAUGGGAAACUCCUGGCUGGCCAUUUCCCAGCUGAAUUUCGCAUCUCGCUUCACUCACCCCAAUUUGAAAGCAAUCGCCCCAUGGGAAGCCCUGACUGAUCCUUACUCGCAGCAAUCCUGCCGGGGUGGCAUCCCAAACCCUAGGUUUAGCCAGCUGAUCCUCCAUGGCUUUGCCGGAUUCGGGACCGCAGAAAACGUAGGCGAAAUGAUAAACCGUCGACCACUGUUCGACGAAUACUGGGACGAGAAAAAGAUAAAACCGGAAAAUAUCCACUCCAUCCCCAUGUACUUGACUGCAUCCUACUCCACGGGCCUACACUGCGAAGGGUCCUUCCACACCUUCGAGACCGCCCAGACUCCUCGCAAAUGGCUGCGCGUGCAUGAUUCCCAAGAAUGGCAUGAUCUUUACCGGCCUGAAGCCGUGGAUGACCUCCAGAGGUUCUUCGACUGCUACGCCAAAGGAAUCAAGAAUGGAUGGGAGGAGGAAACCCCGCGUGUGCGCCUCAGUUUACUGAAUUACGAGGGCAGCUAUGCUCGAAAGGUCGUCGAGAGACCGGAAACGCAAUGGCCACCGAGGGGCCAGGCCAUGGCCCGAUACUAUCUAGACGGCAGCAGUCGGUCUUUGGUAGCGCAGAAUCCUACCGGAUAUAGCUCGGCCGGACAUGAAGCUCACUCGCUUUCAGACUCCUCGGACUUCGUGGUCCACUUCAACACCUAUACAGAGCUUUGCGGGAGGCCAUACGUAAAGCUCUGGAUGUCCUGCAACGAAGCCGACGAUAUGGACGUGGUUGUCCAACUACGCAAGGUCUCUUCGACAGGGGAACUCCUCGAGUCUCUAAACUGGUCUCCCAUGCCUAAACCCCAGCCAGAGGUUCCUGACGUCAACGUGGCCAAACAUCUUGGCCAGCAGGGUAUGCUGCGUGCCUCACACCGUGUCAGUAUGCACCCUAGAACGGAUGGCUCCGAUUUUCCAGUAUAUGACCAUGAUCGUCGCGAACCUAUUGCGCCUGGAACAAUCGUUCCCCUUGUUAUUCCUAUUUGGCCGGUUGGGAUGGUAUUUGAAGCCGGGGAGGGACUCAUGGUACGGGUAUCUGGCCACGACAUGUCUCUCCCAGAGGUGGAGAUGCUGAGACUGACAGAACCGGUGGAUCAAAACCGCGGGAGACAUAUAAUUCAUACUGGUGGUGACUAUGAGAGCUUCGUUGCCCUGCCAGUCAUCUCUCAAGAGAGAGGCACAUCCAGAUAAUAGUAGUAGGCUUUUAACAGAAAAUAGAAGUGUUGGCUGUCGCCAUAGCACGGCAGUAACUGCCCCUGUUUCUCGCCGGGCGCAUCUGCAUGAUAAUACCUUCAGCGCUCUGGACUGGCGAUAAUCGCGCUUGCGACCGGGACGUCUGCGGCACGGCAUACUCGCAUGUGAGAAACAAUAACUGGCAGGUUGCCCAAUGUAACAUGGCAGAUAGCGCCCCUAUAAAUGAC